UUCUGUGCGAAGAGAAAGCUUAUGACGCGCAAAUCAUGGCGCCUAUGUCGCAGGAGGAUAUCGAAUGGUUUAAAUCCACCUUUCGCCCCAUCCCAAAACCUGAACUGCCCGACGACUGUGUCGAAUACUCCUUACACUACAUCUCUUCAAACCCCGCCCCCGCCCUUGUCGACGAAGCCACAGAUACUCGGGCGCGCUUGACUGAGGUGCAGAAGUCUGCAGCCGAAUUGUCGAAACAGUUACUAAAGGAUUAUAUCUGGCAAAGAGAGGCAUUUCGUCUUGAAGCCACAAAGAAAGACGGGACAACGAUCCUGAGCGGGCGAACGAACUUUGGGGACUCAGUUGAGGAUGAAUGGGUAAUCGUGUAUCUGUUGCGCGAAUUGACAAAGAAGCAUAAAGACAUUUGGGCUACGGUGACAGACAAUGAUGGGCAGUUUCUCCUUGCAGAGGCGGCGGGCGCAUUGCCCUCCUGGCUUGAGCCAGAAGUUGCAGACAAUAGAGUAUGGAUACAUCAAGGAGACCUCGCCAUAAUAAAGCCGAAGAACGAAAAGCGCAGCAGAGUGACGGAAACCAUAUCACUGCUGGAGGCGAGAAGCAUAAUCAAAGACGAACCCAAUCGACUGAUGCACUCAACCAUGAUACAAGAGGAGGCGUUCUACCGGUUGCGAAAUUAUCCGAAGCAAAUCAGCGAGAACAUGCAUUCAGCUCUAGUAAUUAUACCUCGCAAGGUCGCCUUCCUUCUGCACCAAAAGCCGGCCUAUAUAUCCCCCGCUGUUGAAGCCUUCUACCUUCGAGAUCCUAUCGCGUUGAGGCCUUUGCGAAGCAAAAAUACAGAUGACUUGAUAUUCAGACCCGAGGAUUUCGUUACAGUGAGCACCCGGUUCACGCGGACUGGUUAUGCACAAGUCAAGAGUCAAGACUUCCCAGCUCCAAAGUCGUGGUUAAAUAAACUGCCAUCUACUGAGGAUCGAAAAGUGUAUGACCGUGCAGAUACUGGAAUGAAACUAACUUGCGGCUUUGAGAUGCUUCUGUCAGAUCCGCAGAAUCAGGAUAAGGCACUAGUACGGGAAAUGAAGCUUAUACUUGAGGAUCUAGAGACUGGCGAUGAGAGUUUGCCGACUAAUGAGGAAAUACAAACCUGGGACAAGCGUGAAGACGACGAAAAGUGGCUAGAUAUAAGCUUUGAAGAUCUGGACACUGAACUCAAGGGGAAAGACAAGGGGAAAGGGGCGGAGAAACCUCAAUCUGCGGGGGGGUUUGGCGACGCAAACGCUCAAGAAAACCUGCAACGUAUUGUUGCUCAGUUCGAAAAGUUCUUAAAUGACGACUCAGCUGGCUUCGAAGGGGCCGACUUUAUCGACGACUUUGAGACGGAUUCCGACAUCGAGGAGGAUGAGGAGGAAGAUUAUGGUAGUGAAGGCGAAGACAGGGAGGCGUCCUUUGACGAGGAAGAGUUCUCCAGGAUGAUGAAAGAAAUGAUGGGCAUGCCGUCAGGGCCAUUAAUGCCUCCGCUCAACAAACCGCCGAAGUCAUCAAAGGCUGUUAAUCGAGUAGAAGAGCUAGAUACGGACUCCGAGGACGACACUGAGCAGAUCCAACAGCUUGCGAGCGAAAUGGAGGCCGAGCUUAAAGGAACGGGUGUUCUCGAUCUGAAUCGUCCUAGCGAUGUCUCCAAUGACAAACGCGCCGUGACUCGAGGGACAAUUGAAGAGGCAAACAGCGAUCCAGAGUCCGACAGCGAGGACGUCAACAUCAAUCUUGUGAAGAAUCUUUUAGAGAGUCUUCAGGGACAAUCAGGGACAGCAGGCCCAGCCGGGAACAUGCUCUCCAUGAUGAAAUUGCCAAUGCCCAAAGAUGAUCGCCCACGAUGAUUCAAAAACUGCCUAUUAGUUAGGCCGUGGUGUCUGCACUUCAGUUUCUCGAACACUUGGUGAGCUCUGGACAUGUAAUAUUCAAUAAACCUGGAUAAUGAGUGCAUUUUUCCGACGCUUUCAAGCUAU